UAUUUUCUAUGCAUGCUUUGGUUUAUUCACGACUAUCUAGCGAUACCAUCUUUUGCAGAUCUAUUUUUCUGCGGUGGAUAGUUUGUUGUUAGCUGAAUUAAAAGUCAUUGACAUGGUUCAAUGAGUGAACUGCGAAUGUCGUUAUUCUUGCGUAUGAUGGUGUUGGGACUGACGCUGUGUGGGGAGACCUGUUGCUGGGCGUUCGAGUACGAGACCACCCAGUUCACCAGUGCAGUGUUCAACUACUCCUACACUAAGGAAGACAAACGAUGGGUGGCAUCGGAUGACGCUGUCAAGUACUACACGGGCAAAUGGGGCUCCCUGAACCCGGUAGCGCUACUUCACAAGAGGAUCGCGGGACAUGGGUUCGCCCCUUCUCUCACAUACUUCCAUGGGUGCGACUAUGACGACAUAGAUUUGCCUUCGGAUCACUUGGAGUUUAAUGACCUCAUAGUGGUGGUGAGGAAGGGCGGAGAGUGUUCGCUGUGGGACAAACUGCUUCUGGCCAGUAAUAUGAACUUUUCCGCCCUUAUCGAGUAUGACUCAGACUCAGACGUUGAGAUGGAGGGUCUCUCAGACUAUGCAGCUGACUCAGAGAGAGGUGAAAGUCCCAUCGUGUAUGCCCUGGCAAUCAAACCAUUUGGAUCCUUCGUGGAGGAUCUCUACCGGAAUGGUUCCCACCCCCACCUCUCCCUCGCGGCAGGCCAGACUACCAUCAUGCGCAUUGGAGUGAACAAGACCUCUGUGCUGUUCGUGGCCACCUCUUUCGUCGUCCUCACAAUCAUCUCUCUCGCCUGGCUCCUCUUCUAUUACGUCCAGAGGUUUCGAUAUCUCCACAGCCGCGACAGAACUAAGAAGCGCUUAGCUGCGGCUGCCAAAAAGGCUCUGACGUUGCUUCAGGUGAAGAUACUCAAAAAGGGAAUAAAUGAGAUCAGUGAAGAAGACAACUGCUGUUCAAUCUGCAUAGAUGACUUCCAGUACGGCGACGCCGUCAGAGAACUUCCUUGCUCACACAAGUUCCACCGUGCAUGUGUCGACCCAUGGCUCGUCAGCCACUACAACUGCCCCAACUGCAAGACGAAUGUGCUCAAGGCACUCAACCUUAUCGACAAAGUCAAUCUACCCAGGACACAGGAGGACGAGGAGAACUCUGUCGGGGGGUCAUCUUCGGCCGGGGGCAUCGCCAUGACCACACCGGUCGUUGCACCUGGGGUAGGAGGCAGGGGCGCGUCGAGUGGAAUUGGCAAUGGGGGUGGAGGCAGAAUGAGUCUGGUGCUGUCUAUUACAGUACCUUCUACUCCACCAGAUGAUGAUAACCAAGACAACAAUGACUGGCUGAGAUCCCAUUGCAUUAUUCCUUCUACCUCCUCGUCUGCUACGAAUCCCACUGCAGUUACCAAGAACAAUGCUGAAAAAAUGGAGACGAGAACGAAGAUGAAAUCCAGGUUGAUUUCAAAUCAAAAGUAGAAAACAAGCUAAUGGAAACUGUAAACAACGAUGAUGCUCUUUUGUUUACGAGGUCACAGAAUAAUGAGGACAACAAAAGCAAGAAGGUCGUCCAUGAUGAUGUAACCAGUGACGUAACCGAUAAAGUCGAUGACGUCAUAUAUGCCAAGGCAACUCCUGAAAAUGAGCAGCAAAAUAAUGACACCAUCUCUCAAAAAACAAAUCAAAAUGAGAAUCCGUGUGAUCAAACUGAAGACAAGGUCAUUGAAAACAAGUCAUUUGAGGAAAAACUGUCCAAUAAUGAAAGCACAUCUUGCAAUUCUAUUGCGAUUGAGGUGGAUCGCGAUAUUGCUGAUAAAGAGUCAGUAAACGGAGAUCGAGAGCUAUCUGUCCAGAACGGUUGGUGCUUUUAGUGAAAUUAUGAGAUAAGCAAGGCCUAAUUUUCCCAGUUACUGGACAACUAGCCUAGAUUGUACCAAUGCCGAUCCAAAUGUUUUUCGCAAAGCAGGUUGAAAAAAAAACG